GGGCACCUUCUAUUAAUAUUUUUAGGGAUCCCAGAUGGGGAAGAGGUCAAGAAACUCCAGGGGAAGAUCCAAUGGUGGUUUCUGCUUAUGCUACUGAGUAUGUAACGGGAUUUCAAGAGCUGAAUUCAAAGGCGGAUAAAGAAAUUAGGAAUGGACAUGGGUUUGGGAAUACCAGGAGGGUUCAUAAAGAAGAUGAUGAUGAUGGUGAUAGGCUUAUGUUAUCGGCUUGUUGUAAGCAUUUCACUGCAUAUGACGUGGAGAAUUGGGGUGAUGUUACCAGAUACAACUUCAAUGCUGUGGAUCUGGUGUUUCACGAGAUGGACUGGUGCUGAUGGGAGAAAUAUAUGGACGGCAAGUGUUUGUAACUUGGAGUUGAUGAUUGUUGUUAAGAUGUCGGUACAACAGUUCGAAGGAAGAAAAUGCACUCCAAGUACUUUCAGUUUGAAUGUAAGUGAUGUAUUUUAUAGCCAACCAGUUUGA